AUGCCUACCCGCACCGCCGCGCACCCGUUUGACCGACCGGCAACUCAGACGCGCUGCCGCAAGGCCAUUGGCUCGGCCGAUCUACCGCCGUCCACCCCCGUCCACCUAGUUGCCGGUGGACGACGGCGGCGGUUCUCCGGACGAGUUCAGACGUUGUUUCCUCAGCCACCGUUUGUGCUCGAGACUACGCCUUAUUCCGUCGGCGCUGAACGCGGCCGAUUUUCCUCUGUCAUCGGCGUCACACAUCAGUGA